AUGGAACGCAAGUUUUCAGGCGGUGUACAAAAAGAUCACUCUUCACGUGCUAGAGCCGAAGCUGAAGCCGAAGCGGAAGCCGAUAAUAAUCCAAGCUUUGGUUCCGAGGAGCCCGAAUUCCUUGAAACCAACAACCACGAACUCGAGCACUUUGGAAAUAACAACCAAUUUGAGCAUCACACAAUCUUAGCUUGUGUUUUACCAAACAAUUCUUUCACCGACUUCGCUUUCGACGAUAACGCCGAAGACGAAAUAAACGCAAAACAAGUGAUGGACGCUUUCAUGGAGCGAGAGCGAGAGCAAGAGCGAGAGCAAGAGCGAUGGUUCUUUCGCAUCGUUGCGCUAUUCUUCUUCAUCUUCUUGCUGUUCUUUUUCAUCGUCUUGCUUGUACUCUUCCUUCUGGGCUGGGGAUAUGUUGGAUACCGUUAUUAA